AUUGAAAUUUACUCAAGUACGGAGGAGGAAAUCCUUUCCAAAUCUCUACAUAUCUGACGUCGUUUCUUUUAUUAGAUGCAGACAAUUGCGUGGACUCUCUCUAUAUUACAAAAGGGACCAUCUUUUCAAGGAGCAGUGCUAUUAUUUUCCGUUUUGUGAAUAGACAAAAGAAAAUUAUUAAAUAACGGAACUAAAAUGAUGCAUUAAUUAGCGAUACUAAAAAGGCAGCAAAGUGAAUCUUCCAUCUGUUGUUAUUUUCUGUAAUGUGAAAACAAUUCGUAAUCAUCACUUUUAAUUUGUUUCCAUAAGAGGGAAGAGAAAAUUUCUCUUGAAAUCAAGAAAAAUCCCAUCUCUUUAUUUUCUAUAUAAAAGUCCAUAUCCCUCAACCGCUAUUGCUACUCCAUUGUUGUGGCUCUGCGUGCUGUAUAUAUUUGAAAAUUAACCAAGAUAAGCAAUGGGUCACAGUAGAAUUAAAAUGGAAUUAAUAAAGAAGGAGAGCACUCGGAUGAACACCUUCCAGAAGAGGAAGAAAAGUUUGCUAAAGAAGAUUUCAGAGUUCUCAAUUCUUUGUGGUGUUGAAGCUUGCUUGAUCAUCUUUGGGCCAAAACAGAAAGAUGAACAAGUUAUCAAAUUGGAAGCUACCUGGCCAUCAAAUCCUGAUGAGAUUGAGCGUAUUAUAAACAAUUACAAGAGAACUGAUCAGGCAAGAAGAUGCUACCAUGUUUCUGACUAUUUUGCAGACAAAAAGAAGAAGAUUGAUGUGGAGAUUUCGAAGUUGCACAAGCAAAUUUUUGAAGCUAAUUUUCCUAUGUGGGACGUUCGUCUUGAUUCUUUCUUGGAGGAUCAACUAAGGGUACUUAUGGCUCAGUUGGACGAGAAACUGGAAAUUGCAGAUAAAAAACUUGACAGCUUUCAUGAAAAUCAGGUUCUGAUGGAUGAAUUCGCAUCAAGAAUGCUAUAUGGUUCUCAAAACAUGGAAAUGAACAGAAGCAACAGCUUCAGGAAUUUGACCAACUUGCAUCAGCUUUUCUCUGAUGUGAAGCCAUUGGAUGCUCAAUUGCCUGUUAGCUGUUUCCUGCCAGGGCAGAGCUCGUAUAUGAUUCCAUCAAAUUCAAAUUUGAUGGAAAAUAGUAACAGUAGCUAUAGUUAUUCAACUAACUUGCAGCUUUUCUCUGAUUAUCAUGCAACAAUUCCGAGUCGAAAUUGGAUGGACAGGAACAAUAAUAGCAGCAAAUUAGAUAACUUGCAGCUGCAACUAUUCUCUGAUCCGAAGCCACUUGAUGUUCAACUACCAAUGCAUUUCCAGAAUAUGAUUAGUUCUCCAGGGACUUUAUCAAACUCAAAUUUAUUGGAAGAUCUGAUGAUGAUGUCCAAGGAUCAGAACAUUGGCAAUCAAUAUGGUGACAGGCCAAUUAGUAACAUCCAAAGCAUUUCAGGACUGCCUUACGUCCCUUCAUCUUGGACGUGGGGCAAUGUGAUGCUUAACAAUGUUGAUGCUUCUACAAGCAAUGUUGGAUCCACCUUGCAGACAAUCCUGCCGCAAAUGCAACUUCCCAUUUUGAGUUUUUCUGAUCAGAUGAACCCUUCUCAAGAAAAUAAUUUCUAACAAUGGCUCUGGAAAGCUAUGGCCAAACUGGAAGUAGAUAUGGGAUUUUGAAGAAGCUAGUGGUUUUGGAAUAAUCAUAUUGAGCAAUAGUUAAUUACAAGGUCGGAAUUCAGGCUUUUUCUGUCACUCUGACUUCUUUUAUACGUGAAACAUUUUGGAAAAGUUUUGAUU